AUUUUCUUGAUGCUUUCCUUUUCCCCCGGAUGUAUGCACAGGUUUACACUCAUAUCCGCAGUGAGACACUUAACACACUCAGACACACCCUUAAUGUGCUCACACGCAUUCACACAUUAUCACACGUGUGCUCAUGCCAUUGACACACUCACACCUAGUCAUACACAGCACUUCACAUAUAUAGCCGCACACUCAUUCACACAUGCGACACACUCAUGCACACCGUCACACACCUAUCACCCACACUCACAGAUCCAGCACAGCCCCUGGUUCCUCCCAGCUCUGUGGCAAAUUGGGCCCCCAGGCUAAGGUCCCAGGGCCCCAAAGGGAGAUGGGAGACCCUCACAUCCUGUGCGACCAGGCCAGGCCGUCCUCUCCAGUUCAUGGAGACAUCUACGAACAUGUCUGAGGGUCCAGAUCUCCCGCCAGCACCUUGAGGGGCUGGGAGAAGGCAGAUUUCUGCUCUCAGGGCAAAACCUUCACCAACAGCCUGAUUGGUUUUCACCCUGGCUGGCCAGGGGCAUCCUAAGUGUGGGAGGUGAGCAUGUGGAAGUGCGUUUUGAGUGACAGAUAAGCUCCCUGCACUUCUAGUGCUCAGUCAAGGUGGGGAGACAGGAGUAAGCAAAGUACAAGGAGAAACAAGUAUAUGAUCAAGUUAUUUUCAUGCAGUCGUAAGUGCCGGGAAGACAAGCUAGGUGAUGAGGUGGUGAGUGCCUGGAGGUGGCCACUUUAGACCGAUGGCCGGAGAAAGCCUCCCAAAGAGUGACAUUUCAGCCACACUCCAACCGCUGCAGCAAGAUCUGGCAGGAGAGGGUUCUAGGCAGGGGAGUUAAAAGUGCAAGCUAGGCGUGCUUUAAGAACAGCAAGGCAUACGAGAGGACAAGUCCUAGGGAAUGAGGCCAGGGUGGUAUUCCGGCCAAACCAUUGGGCUUAGGAGACCACUGUUAACAUUUUGGAUUUUACUCUACACAUGAAGGGAAGCUGCCUAAUCCUCACAACAAACCGUAUGAGGUAGGAAUUAUCCCCAUUUUGCAGAGGUGGAAAAUGAAGGUCAGAGAGGUUGAAUAGCCCACCCAGAGUCAGAUGCCUCACAAGUAGUAGAGUCUGGAAUAGAACAGGAGUCUGAGCCAUGGGGAUCCUGGGGCCCAGCCCAAGCCUCCUAAAGGUACCAGGCUUCCCCCAAGGGGGAGAAUGACCCUCAGGGGCCGCUUCCUUCUCAAGGACCCAGCUCCCCAGCCCAGAGCUGUGUGGUCUGAGAAGGUGUUUAAACUUUCAUGGGUAUCUUGAUUGCCCAACGAUAGUGAAGGGCCCUGCUCUUCAGGAAGGAUCCAUUUCCCCAGUUCUGUGUGCAUUACCCCCAUAACUGCUUUCCUCCCUCAGAGGCCCAGGGCAGGCCUGGCACAUGCCUCCCCCCAUCCCACCGCCCCCCACCCCCCGCCGGUGCAUACAGUUUCUCCCUUUGCAGUAGUUUGCAAGAUAAGCAGGUUCUGCUUAUCUGUUUAGACCGGCUCUCCCAGUGGCCCCCUUCUCCUUGGAAUCAGUGUCUCCACCCCUACCCUGCCCCAGUCUGGGUUCAGUCACCAAACGGAACAACAGCAAGAAUAUUAAUAAGAUCAACUACAGUGGAUCCAUCCACCUACUAAAGGGCUUCUUGCCUGCUUCCAAGUUCCAGCAAUUAUGAAUAAAGCUUCGAUAAACAUCCGCUUGCAGGCUUUUAUGUGGACAUCAGUUUUCAGCUCAUUUGGCAGUGCAUGAGAGUUCCUGUUGCUCCACCAUCUUCCCCAGCAUUUGGUGCUGUCGGUGUUUCGGAUCUCAGCAAUUCUAUGAGGUCUGGCCUCGCCCCACGGACCAUGGCCUUGCCCCCAUGAGCUAGAGCCUGUUCCUCGGCACGCACCCACCGCCAGCCAGCAGGAUGCAGCUGUGGAAGGCGGUGGUGGUGACCUUGGCCUUCAUGAGCAUGGACGUCGGCAUGACCACGGCCAUCUACAUCCUCAGCCACCUGGACCGCAGCCUGCUGGAGGACAUCCGCCAUUUCAACAUCUUUGACUCGGUGCUGGACCUCUGGGCGGCCUGCCUCUACCGCAGCUGCCUGCUGCUGGGAGCCACCAUCGGUGUGGCCAAGAACAGCGCCCUGGGGCCCCGGCGGCUUCGGGCCUCCUGGACGGUCAUCGCCCUCGUGUGCCUCUUCGUGGGCAUCUACACCAUGGUGAAGCUGCUGCUCUUCUCCGAGGUCCGCAAGCCGGUCCGGGACCCGUGGUUCUGGGCCCUCUUCGUGUGGACUUAUAUCUCGCUCGCCGCUUCCUUCAUGCUCUGGUGGCUGCUGUCCACGGUGCGGCCGGACGCCAAGGCCCUGGAGCCGGGGGCUGAGGCCGAGGCUGACGGCUUCCCCGGGGAGCCCCGACCCCCUCGUGAGCAGGCAUCGGGGGCCACGCUGCAAAAGCUGCUGUCCUACACCAAGCCUGACGUGGCCUUCCUCGUGGCGGCCUCCUUCUUCCUCAUUGUGGCAGCUCUGGGAGAGACCUUCCUUCCCUACUACACUGGCCGGGCCAUUGAUGGCAUCGUCAUCCAGAAGAGCAUGGAGCAGUUCAGCACGGCCGUCAUUGUCAUGUGCCUGCUGGCCAUCGGCAGCUCAUUUGCCGCAGGUGUUCGGGGUGGCAUUUUUACCCUCAUAUUUGCCAGACUGAACAUUCGCCUUCGGAACCGUCUCUUCCGCUCACUGGUGUCCCAGGAGAUGAGCUUCUUUGACGAGAAUCGCACAGGGGACCUCAUCUCCCGCCUCACCUCGGACACCACCAUGGUCAGCGAUUUGGUCUCCCAGAAUAUCAACAUCUUCCUGCGGAACACGGUCAAGGUCACGGGCGUGGUGGUCUUCAUGUUCAGCCUCUCGUGGCAGCUGUCGUUGGUCACCUUCAUGGGUUUCCCCAUCAUCAUGAUGGUGUCCGACAUCUACGGCAAGUACUACAAGAGGCUCUCCAAAGAGGUCCAGAAUGCCCUGGCAAGGGCCAGCAGCACAGCCGAGGAGACCAUCAGUGCCAUGAAGACCGUGCGGAGCUUUGCCAACGAGGAGGAAGAGGCAGAGGUGUAUUCCCGGAAGCUCCAGCAGGUGUACAAGCUGAACAGGAAGGAGGCUGCAGCCUACACCUACUACGUCUGGGGCAGCGGGCUCACGCUGCUGGUCGUCCAGGUCAGUAUCCUCUACUACGGGGGCCACCUCGUCAUCUCAGGGCAGAUGACCAGCGGCAACCUCAUCUCCUUCAUUAUCUACGAGUUUGUCCUGGGAGACUGUAUGGAGUCCGUGGGCUCCGUCUAUAGUGGCCUGAUGCAGGGAGUGGGGGCCGCCGAGAAGGUGUUCGAGUUCAUUGACCGGCAGCCAACCAUGGUGCAUGAUGGGAACUUGGCCCCUGACCGCCUGGAGGGCCGGGUGGACUUUGAGAACGUGACCUUCACCUACCGUACUCGGCCCCACACCCAAGUUCUGCAGAAUGUCUCCUUCAGCCUGUCCCCAGGAAAGGUGACCGCGCUCGUGGGGCCCUCGGGCAGUGGGAAGAGUUCCUGUGUCAACAUCCUAGAGAACUUCUACCCGCUGGAGGGGGGCUGCGUGCUGCUGGACGGAAAGCCCAUCAGCGCCUAUGACCACAAGUACCUGCACCGCGUGAUCUCCCUCGUGAGCCAGGAGCCGGUGCUGUUCGCCCGCUCCAUCACAGACAACAUCUCCUACGGCCUGCCCACCGUGCCCUUCGAGAUGGUAGUGGAGGCCGCACAGAAGGCAAAUGCCCACGGCUUCAUCAUGGAGCUCCAGGACGGCUACAAUACAGAGACUGGGGAGAAGGGCGCUCAGCUGUCGGGUGGCCAGAAGCAGCGGGUGGCCAUGGCUCGGGCUCUGGUGCGGAACCCACCUGUCCUCAUCUUGGACGAAGCCACCAGCGCUCUGGAUGCGGAGAGCGAGUACCUGAUCCAGCAGGCCAUCCACGGCAACCUGCAGAAGCACACCGUGCUCAUCAUCGCGCACCGCCUGAGCACGGUGGAGCGCGCGCACCUCAUCGUGGUGCUGGACAAGGGCCGCGUGGUGCAGCAGGGCACACACCAGCAGCUGCUGGCCCAGGGCGGCCUCUACGCCAAGCUGGUGCAGCGGCAGAUGCUGGGGCUCGAGCCCGCCGCAGACUACUCAGCUGGCCACAAGGAUCCACCGGGCGGCGGCCACAAGGCCUGACCGCGGGCCCCGCCUCUCACGGUGGGGCCGAGGUCCCGGUGCCUGCCGGGCAGAUGUACCCAUGGGGCUCCCCCCCCAUCCCCGCUGCCCUCUGAGCCCAGGCCCACCGUGCCGGAGGACAGCCUGCCACAUCCCAUGUGUCACUGCUUCCUGCAUCGCGCCCCCCCCAAUCCAUCCACCUGCCCCCACCCCCACCCCGCCCUUCCCCGCUGGGCAGCAGAGACCCCGCUGGUCUCUCCAUCCGGUCUCCCAGGGCUUCUAAGAGAAGGUAGAGCUACCUUUUUAAACCAAGAUCUCACUUGAAGAACCAAGGUUUUUUACUGCUUGGUUCGAUGGGCCCCAGUCAACUCCCAGAUUUCAAAAACUUUUUUUUUUUUUUUUUUUAAUGGGGAGUAAUGAUGGGCAAGGUCACUGAGAUAUUCUAGAAACUUCUGAGCCAGGAGUGAACGAUCCUUCCUAAUAGCCUGGGGGAUGCCAGGGGAGAAUUAGGCCUCUGCCCUCUGCCCCUCGAGAGAAGGGGCUUUCCUGUCCCCAAAGAGGGACGCAGAGGAGGGGACUUCCUCUCUCACUUUGCAGCUUCGUGAGUCAGGCCAGGGGUCGGCGGGAAGAGUGGGAAGGGCCUGUCUGCUCGUGGCCCUUGCCGUCCUGCCAAAUCUAAGCCAGUCUCACUGUGAACCACUACUAACCUUAACUGGGGGAGUGAGGGGCUGGCCAGGCCCGCAGAGCCUCAGGGUGGCCCCAGCCCCACCCCGGCGUGAGCCCCUCCGGCCCGCCUCAUCCCUUGCUCCAUCUCCCCCCUCCAGCCGGCAGCCCCUCCCCGACAUGCACCCCUGCUCCGCUCCUCGCUCUGCUCUUGGGAGGGGAGGCCCUUCAGUGCCGGAUGUCUGAGAGAUGCAUUCUCUUCCCUGUCUGGUGGACAGAACGGCGGCAAAGCUCAGGCUCUGGUUUUGCAGGGUGGGGGUGGGUGGGUGUUUGCAAGAUGUUGGAAGAUCCCGGUCAAUAAAGUGUACUACCUCUGA